AUGAAUAGAACAAUUCUUUCCUUUUCAAGCUUGAUUGGUAGCUCCUCACCGAUGUUCUCAGGCAAGCAGAAUAUAAAAAUCCAGAAUUCAAUGUUUAAAUUCCAAUUUUCUUCGAUACUUUAUCAAACACGACAUUUUAAAAUAGAAAAAUCACAUUUUAGCUCUUCAUUAGGACCAGUUAUAUAUGAUUCAACUACAUUAACUAGCCAAACAUUUACAGCUUCGCAAUAUUUAGCAGAUAGUAGUAAUUCAGUAAUAUCUAGCGUUUUCCAGAACAUAAACAGGGCAUCAGCCGGAGUAUUAUUCCAAAUCACCAGUAUCGCUGAUAGUUUUGAUUUACAAUCAUGCAUUAUUCAUGAUUGUUUUUGUACAAACAAUAAUGCUUCAUCAGGAUUAAUGUACAUUACAAACCAUAAUAGUAUAUACAUAGUAUCUACUUAUUUCUUCCAAACAUCAUCAUUUUACGGCUCAAUUUUAAAUGCUCUAUCAAAUACGAACAUUAACAUAGAAAAAAUAACAGGAGAAAGAACUGGAUUUAGUCAAUUUCCAGGAUCAGAUGGUGCUUUAUACCUUCAAGCAAAAGAAUUAACAUUAAAUUUAAAUAAUUUCACGGAUAACACAGUUAUUAACCGCGGAUCAACUGCAUAUUGCGAUGUAGAUCAAAAGAUAACGAUUACAUACUGCUAUUCAUUGAGAUGCAGAGGAAUUAACAUUUUAUAUUUAUCUGGCACUCCAACAACGUCCAAUGUCAACAAUUUACUCUUUAUUAACACAACCUCCGACGCUGCUGUAUGUACAUCUGGUAUUUGGAGGAUUUCUGACUCAGUUUUUACUUCAAUUUCCGGAAAUUUCGGAAGUGCUCAAUAUGGAGUUCUCUAUUUCGUAAAUUCACUUUUUAAUAGUGAACAAACGUCAAAUAUUGGUAUUUUAUACGAUUCUUGCGGUUAUUAUAUAGAAGAUAUCGAUUCAAUCUUAAAUGGACGUACAAAUGAUUUUAGUAAGACACAAAUUCCAUUUGUAUAUUAUUCUUCAACAGAAAUUCCAGCUCCAACAUACAAUAACGUAAAUACAACUCCAUACAACAAAGUUACCGUUUUUAUUAUACUUCUUAUUGUUAUUUUGGUUCUCCUUAUUGCUGCAUUUCUUGUUUACUACUUCUACUUCUCCAAAUGCAUCAGAGGAACUGUUGCAGAAGAAUACCAUAAAGAUCUCAUUUCUAGGACUAAAGAACAAAAAGAAGAAGACGCAGAUAAUGAAAUUAUCGUUGAUGUCGAUGAUCAACCAAAGCCUAUAUACGAUCUCGACAAUUAA